UACUUCUAUACAAUAAAUAGCCAAUCAAACAAUUGGAAAAGAGCUUCAUAGAUUAGUCAUGUCUAUUAUGUGGAGUAGGAGGAUUAGAUUAUGAUACGCGCAUAAUCCUUACCUCCACACUGUAAAUUAGCCAAUCAGACGUCAGGAAACAAGGCUUUACAUACUCAUGUUUUGCACACCUCAAGCGCAAAAGCGCUAAGGGUGCUUUAUGAACGGUUUUUUUUUUAUCAUACCAAGGAUUAAGAUGAGUCAGUUCGAAUAAACUUAUCCAUCUAAUCUGACGUUUACAUAAAAAUUGUCCAGCUAAUCUAUUAUCGUUCAUACUACUAUAAAAUUAAUAAUCAUGAAAUUUAUCAAUAUUCUAAGUAAAAAUGGUAGAAUAAAUUAAUUAUUUGAUUAAGUUUAGUCGGGAAUCGCUUUUUUUAAAAAUGACAAAAAUUAUGUGGACUAAUAGUAUUAUUUUGAGUUUAAUUUUUGUUGGUGUCACGUGUAAUAAAUAUGAUAUUCUCAAACUUUCGGGACCAACGAGCCCACCAGUCACACACACACACAUAUGAGUCAACUACUCGAGUUAUGUUAUUCAAAUGUGUCAAAUCCGAUUGCAAUAACUCCGAACCUCAUUGACACUGUUUAUCAUAAUCCAUCCAACACCUUGACAGCACCAAUUAUUAUUCUUGACGACAACUUUCUCGCAAAAGAUAUCCAACUUUACUAUCCAGCAUAUCCGACAUACGUUCUAUCGGUAGAUACUUACAAACAAUUGUUAAAUAUUAUUAAGAGAAUUUGGAAAACAUCAUUAUGGAAUACUGCAUCAGUAUUUUACGUCAUCGGUAACACUGAGGAAUCAUGCGAGAAUGCGUUAGUAAUUACUUACGUACUAUGGCAAUUUGAAUGCUUAUCAUCAUGUGUAAUAUGUCAAGGAAUGAACAAUCAAACAAUGCUGUAUACGUUAAAUCCAUUCACCCAUCGAGCACCAUAUCCAUGGAUCGAAAUUGAGGGAAUUGAAGUUGAGGAUCCAAGAAUAGCCUUAUACGGACAACCUUUCAUAAAUGAUAAAAUGUUGUGUGAUGCUCUUAACUUCGAUAAGACGCAGUUUUUAGACGGUUAUAACGUGAAAGUAACUAAAUCAGAGUUAGGUGACAAAUUUCUUCAGAGGUACGUUUUUCCGAAGUUAAACAUGACUCCGAUUAACAUUGAUAGAGGUGACGUAGGGUCAUUUUAUUUCAAUACUCGUUUUCAAGAUAUCAGUCAAACGUUGUAUGCUCUCGAUACAAGUGAUAGUGGGUAUGUUGAUUUAGUAUCAGGGGUUGUCGAAAGUAAUUAUGCUAUAGUAACACAAAAAAGAAGUUUCUUAUCAUUAUUUAAUCAAGUUACUAGUGUAUUUGAUGUUGGCGAUAUUAUAGCAAUAAUUAUCAUUCUCAUACUAUUUAUAAUAGUAAUUAUGUUGAGCAACGAGUAUCAGAUUCUCCCGGCUUUUAUGGAUGUCUUCAAGUUGCUAUUAAGAAUGGGUAUGGAUUCACCUGUUGACCGGCUGUUCAUGAAAAUCAAUCUUUUUACUGCGUUGUUGUUCAUUUUUAUGUUCGGGCCAGCUAUUGACGCACAAUUAUUUGCGGUACUGACUCGCCCGUCAUCUUUUGACGCGGAAACACUUCAAGAUUUGCAUGAUCAUCGAUAUCACGUCCAUUACCACUCCUCAUUACAUAAAGAUAUGAUGGAAACCGAAAUUUGGACGACUGUUGAGGAUAUGAAAUAUUUACAUCCCGGUGGCGAUAUACUUCCACACUCCUGUCUAGAACUAGCCAGUGAGGAUAAUACUGUUGCGUGUGUUUAUGAAACUGUUUCUAUACUGCCUUAUCUGAAGAAUAAUUUACGGGUUUCAGAACACUUUUUAUUUAAAACUAGUUACACUUACUGGACUCGGAAAGACUGGCCCCUCAAAAAACGGGUUGAUCAGCAAACAUUAAGAGCGAUUGAAUCAGGUUUUACAGAUAAACAUAUAUAUCGUCCUAUUCGGAAUACACUUAAAAAAAUAAAAGAUAAAGAAAGAUUACAAAAAAUUUUAGACAUUACCGAAGUAGACGCAAUAGAUUUAGAAUAUGCUUACAUAUUUUUUGCAUUUAUUCAAUUUCUUGCGAUUAUCAUAUUCGGAAUUGAAUACAUCAUUGCUCGAUGGCUGCGUCUUCGACAAUAAACAAUAAAUUUACAUUUAAUUUGACGAUCAUAUUAACCAACUGACGCAAUGUAACACAAUCAGUUGACAAAUAUAUUGAAUGACAUAAAUAAACUUGAAUACAUUUCACUUUUAAAAUCCUUAGAUUAGUUAACAAAUUCUUUAACUAUUCAGACACACCAAAUCUGAUUCCUGUUCUAGAUUCUAUAGACACAUUGAGUUUAUUGUUGCAAAAUUUAUUUAUUUAUCAAUUGAUUGUAAGAUGGUUAAAAGAAU